AUGUCCUCCAGGCUCAUGCGGCCCGCCUUCGCCGCCGCGCGCCGAACAGCAGCUCCGAAAACUGCUAUCCGAACCUACGCUGCAGCUCCCACCGUCGACCCGAAGCCUCCUGUGCCCCUGUUCGGAGUUGAUGGAACCUAUGCAAACGCUCUGUACACGGCGGCCGCAAAGACCAACACGCUCGAGCCGACGUCGAAGGCGAUCCUCAGCCUGAGCCAGAUCCUGAAGGGCGACCCGAAGCUGCAGACGAUCCUGACCGCCCCGAUGCUGUCGGACUCGGACAAGGCCCAGAUCGUGGCCGAGCUGGAGAAACACACCGGCGGCGUGGACAAGAGCGGCACGGUCAAGAACUUCCUGUCGGCUCUCGCGGAGCACAACCGGCUGGGCCUGCUCGAGGGCGCCUGCGAAAAGUUCGCCACCCUGAUCGGUGCAUCCAAGGGUGAAAUGGAGGUGGUCGUGACGAGUGCUCAGAAACUCGACGACAAACUGCUCAAACGCCUCGAACAAGCCAUCUCCAAGUCCGAGUACAGCCAGGGCAAGAAGCUCAAGCUGACCACCAAAGUGAACCCGGACAUCCUCGGCGGCUUGAUCGUCGAGUUCGGCGAGCGCAGCAUCGACCUCAGCGUGUCCAGCAAGAUCUCCCGCUUGAACAAGAUGUUGACCGACACCGUGUAA